AUGCUAUUUUACUCUACUCAUGGCUUUGGAGAUGUUGGAAGUAGGGAAGCAUGUGAAAAUUAAACUAACUUUGAAGGUGACACAGUUCCAAAUAAAAAUUCAUACAUGCUACUAAACUUAAAUGUUUCUACUACUCCUGUUAUAAUGAGAUUUGGCUUAUGUCUUCCUGCUAGUUGUAAGUAGGAGCAAAUUACUAAGUAAUUCAGUUAAGUAUCAAAUUAUUUAAGCUAAGGGCUCUAAGGUUUAGUUUAAACUUAUAAUCCAAGGAUAUAUUUCUUGCCAGACGAUGUUAUGAUUUAAAUUUAGAUUUAAAAGACAAAGGAUUAUGAAGAUAAUUGGUAUUCAAGAAUCUAAAUUGGAACAAUUAUUGUUCUUGUUCUUGUAACUUUGUUACUUACAGCCAUUCUUGGCUUUACAAUCUAGUAAAUUAUAAAGAUUAGGAGGAGAUAUACUUAAGCAUAGCUAAAAACAUUUAUGGUUAAUGUAGAAUCUACUAUGGAGCAAACAUAAUCAUAACUUUUGAAUUCUCUCGAUGUAAAUUUAAUUAAUAUAUCACCUCCUAAUACUAUACUACAAUAAUCUAAAAGCAAGAUAUAAUUAUCACUUAAAGCCUUAUCUCUUUAAAAUUCAUUAAAUCACAUUACUAAAAAGAGAGAUAAAAUUGAGGGUAUAGUGGAUAUGAGAGAUCUUGGUAUCUUAGAUGGGUUAAGAAUAUUGUGCUUGGUAUGGAUAUUACUCCUAGGUACAUGCUAGUACACAAUGUCUUCAGCAGUUUAUAAUCCUUGGCGACUCUAAGAUUAUUUUUAGACUAUAGCAUAUACUGCAGUUUAUUCAGCAAACCUAGGAUUUGAUGAAUUUUUUAUGAUUUCAGCAUUCUUGACAACUCUAAAAGUGAUGAGUAUAUUCUAGAAAUUGGUAUAAUCAGGCGAUAAAUUUACUUUUAAGUUGUAUUUGAAACUGAUUCUUGAGAGAUAUCUUAGAUUGGCUCCACUUUACUAUUUAGUGUUUUUAUUUGGAUGGCUAGUUGGACCUUUAAUGGGCGAAGGACCAUGUUGGUUGACAUUCGAGAAGGGUUUCAGUGAUUGCUAGCAUUACUGGUGGUCUGUUUUCACUAUGACCAUAAAUUUCUUUCCAUCGUAUGUUAUUGCAAAUGAAGGUUGUUAUUAUUGGGGUUGGUAUGUCGCUAGCGAAUUUUAGAUUUUUAUAAUUACAGUACCACUUGUGAUUUUAUUUAAGAAAUUAGGACUUAAAGGAAAGAUAAUAGGACUUUCAUUAUUGCUAUUGAUUGGAAUAGGCUUGAUUUUUAUAGUAAUAUGGGUAAACUAAAUGGCAACAGGACUAUUUGCUCCCUAAGAUAAGGAUAUUUUCAGAGUUUUUCUUAAUAAACCCUACACUAAAUUUCAUUCAGUUGCCAUCGGAAUCGCACUUGGUUUUAUAUUCUUAGAAAUUAACAGAUAAAAGAAAGAAGGAAAUUUAUAAGGUAUUUUUAAAAAACUAAACAAAAAUAGAGCUUUUAUAGUAGUUUCUUAGCUCUUAGCAUGGGGAUUAAUUGGCUUUGUUACAUUAUAUCCUCUUGAGGCAAACAAGCAGCCAACACUCUGGAGUAAUCUGCACAACUCCUUAUUUAUUUCUUUGAGUAGACCUAUAUUCUUAAUUUCAUUAAGCAUCAUAGUAAUCAAUCUCUAUCUAAACAACGGAAUGAUCCUCAAGAAAUUUCUGUCAUCAAAGAAGUUUUUGAUUUUGGGCCGAUUCUCCUAUGCUAUUUAUUUGAUCUUCCCUAUCGUUAUAUCAGUUCUAGUCUCAAGCAUGACCUCAAGUUUGUACUUAACUUACAAUGAAAUGUUUUGGCUGCUCUGCUACAAUGUAGUGGCUUCCUUCUUAUUUGGAUUCUUAGUCCAUUUAUUCAUUGAAAAACCGAUAGAUUCCCUAAUCAGAGUAUUAUAGGGUAGAUUUAAAGACAUUCAGGAAUUUAAUUAAGAUUUUAUACUGCAAACAAGUUUUGAUUUGAAAUAAAGUAAAUGA